AUGGACAGGAUCCCUUAUGCUAGCAUUAUUGGAAGUAUAAUGUACACCAUGGUUUGUACCAGACCCGAUCUUGCCCAUGCCAAGAGUGUGGUAAGUAGAUUCAUGGCUGAUCCAGGGAUAGAGCACUGGCAUGCCCUUAAAUGGUUGAUGAGGUACCUAAAAGGAACAACUGAUUAUGCUAUAGUGUUCAGGAGAAACAAGAGUCAAGGUGGAGAUCAGUUAAUUGGUUUCUUAGACUCAGAUUAUGCAGUGAGUUAUGACACUCGAAAGUUACAAUCUGGCUAUGUGUUAACUCUGAAUGGUGCUGCUGUGAGUUGGAAAUCUUGUCUCCAAUUAGUUGUAGCUCUCUCUGCUACAGAAGCGGAGUAUAUAGCUCUUGCUGAGGCAGUGAAGGAGUCAUUUUGGCUGAAGGGGAUCCUUGGAGAUUUUGGGGUUAAGCAAGAUUCUGUCGAGAUAAAGUGUGACUCUGCAAGUGCAAUCUGCUUGACUAAGCACCAGACUUUUCAUCAAAGAAGCAAACAUGUGGAUGUGAGGCUUCAUUUCAUACGAGAUGAGGUGAAUAAGGGAGCAGUGAGGGUAGCAAAGGUGUCAACAGAUGAUAAUGCUUCAGAUAUGCUAACGAAGGUAAUCCCCGGCACCAAGUUGAGAUAUUGCCUGGAGCUGAUCGGAUUGGAGCAGAACUAG